UUGUCGCAUUCCCAUAGAUUUACUAGUGCAACUUCCUUUAAUAAGAAAGCCAGAUAGGUAGGCUGUCCUGUGGAAUUUCCUUUAAUGAGGGAAACACAUAGGCUGACUUGUAAAAUUCUUCUUAAUAAGGGAAACAGUUGAGCUGCCUUGUAGAAUUCGCUUCAAUAGAGGGAAACAGGUGGGCUGUCUUUUGGAAUUACCCUUAAUAAGGGAAACGGUUGGGCUGACCUGUGGAAUUCUUUUUGAUAAUGGAAGUAAAAUAGAUUGCCGUAUCAAAGCCGAAUAUCCUAUCAUUAUCCUAAAUUCAUUGUGAUAAGGGAAAUAUUACGUAUUGCAACUUUUGUCCUAAGAGAGAUGUAUUGAGGUGUGCUCUUAAUUGUAGGUUGACAGAGGUAGAUUGUCGCCACCACGUGUGUCAUGGGUGGCAAGCAUUUUCUGACAAUGUAACCAUUUCAAUCUUACUCUUAACAAUGGUAAAGGUAGAUUACCCUCUAUCCGCAACAUGCACUCCUGACAAGCUAACCAUUUCAGUCUUACUCUUAACAAUGGUAAAGAUAGAUUACCCUCUAUCCGCUUGUGAAACGCAACAUGCACUCCUGACAAGCUAACCAUUUCAGUCUUACACAUGUAUGCAUUAACAUUUUACUUGGUAAUGUCGGCUGCGUUCACAUUGUUAUUUCGACAAUGUUCACAUUGUAAUGUCGACAGUGUUCACAUUGUAAUGUCGACAGUGUUCACAUUGUAAUGUCGACAGUGUUCACAGGUAUGUUGCUUGCAAUGUCUAAUGUAAGGAAACCCACACAAAUUGAUUUAAUUCAUCCUUCAUGGAUAUCUAAUAGCAUGACAUGUUCUCAUGCAGCACUAGUCAGCCACUUAUGGAGGGGCCGUGAUAUGACCAUGUCCCAGCCUACAUCCGUAGAGGCAGAAAAAGCAUGGAGUAAUCUGUUUUGAUAUACAAUUUUGAUCCACUUGUAAACAAGUGUCCUUGUAGGGUAAGAUUGCUCUGGAUGAUAUGCAGGUUUUUUAAAGCACGCUGUACAACCCACAAACCUACUGACUGCUCACCAAUGUGUUAUUUAACCCAAUUUCCUAAAUUAGAAUGCUUUAGGAGAUACUGGAACAUCCAUAUGACGACGAAAUGUGUCUUCAAUAUGUUUGUUCCAGCUUAUUUCCUAUUCCUCGAUGUAAGUUAAAAUUGGUAUUGAUACCAUACUCUGGUUGGAUCUGGGGCACUGAAAAUACCAGGCACUUUGUGUUGAAAAUCAGCAGUAAUUUUCGCCGUGUAACAAGUUUGUUCUGCAGCACUUUUCCGCGUCCGUGUUUAAAAGCUGGGGGCAAGCCCUCAAAACGGCCUCACUUAGACCUCUGAAUGCGGAAGAGCAAGCUCGACUGAGUGUAAUUGGUAGAGUUUAUUGGUGCUUAGUUUUUACCACUGUGAGCUGACAGCAACCGCGUGCUGAGGUGAAGAGUGCUGGGAGAGGAUAGAGUGUCAUUUACACGGGUUCAUCAUCCAUGAGGCAUCAUAUUAACGGAUGGCUCAGUACCGGUCCGGAAAUGCAUUAUCCUGCUUGCUUAACUAACUUUCAAGAUUGAAAGCUGGAUUAAAAGAAAAAAGCGAAAAGGUAUGAUUUGGUGGAUUCCACAACAUAUCCAUUUAUUCACCCAACCAGAUGCACUCAAGCUUUCUCGCAAUAACCAGUGGUUGAAUUUUCCGGUUAGGCUAUUUUAGUUAAUCGCAUUUUCAGUAAUCAUGGUCCAGUUUCUGGUGAUUUUUUAAGUCUGUAUCAACGUCCUUGAUACUUUGAGAGCAGACAGUGCUUUUCAUCACAUUUGGACUCCUGGCAUGUGCGCAGUCAACCGGUCUUUGAUGAAAUUUUGCAGUUAUUGUAUUAAGUAAAAGCACAAACUAUUAGACCAGAGAAUAAACUGCGAAAGGAGGUGCAAAUUGAAAGACGUUUGUAGAAUCAGAAUUUUGACAGUUCUUAUCGUGCUAAUUUCAGUUGAUUAUUAGCUAUAAAUUUUCUGAUGAUAAAGAUCAAUAAUUGUAAGUGACUUGUAUAAAUGAUAUUUCAGUCAACGUGAUGCCAUUUUAUACGCAAUUUAAACGGUGGUAUAGACGAGAUUUAUUUUUUGUGAAGGGUGUUUGCAAGGCAAUGCCCGCAACAGGGUGAUCACGCCAUGUCAUGGGGACACGCCAAACAGACUACAUAUUUUCUCUUAUCAAUUUAAAAUACUCUGACAGACGUGAUAUUAUCGAUAAAGUAAAUCCAUGUUGCAGGUAUAACGCAGUGGUAAAGAAUUCGAUGCAGUUCUGCUAUCCAACACUGUGUAAUCUAUGCUCGCUAAGAAAACAGAUUGGAUGUAUGGAUAAAACAAAUGUCGUAUUAUCGAUCGCCAUUGAUAUUUCAAAAAUUAUAUUUGUCAAAUUAAAUACAAGUGUGGAAGUGUAGUUACAGGUAUUUGUGUCCCCAGAUUUUCGAUUUUCGAUUCGAUUUGCCGGGCAUUGUAUCCAAGUAAUAUACCGACAAUGUCUUUGUUUCUAAACAUAUUCUCCUAAUUUACAAACAAUUGGGGUGUGUUCCCGAGAUCCCAACACUCACAAGAUGCUGUCAUUUUCCAGAAAUUACAUCUUUGGAAAAUUCUUGCUGUAUGGCUGCCAUGCUAGUGUGUAGCUUGUACGUUCGGGUCACACUACUGCGGUAUUGCAUGUUGUGUCCUAAUUACUGGCCCUGGUAGACUCCCUACCCACUCAGAAAUUCCUCUGUGUGCAUUGGCAUUGUUAAUCGACAGCCAUCGCGUGAUAAAAAUUAUUUCACGUGCCCCAGUGUCAACAGGAAACCCUUGAUUAAAACUAACAAUAAAUUGUAAACAAUCCGUCAUUGUCCACAUUUUAACAAGCAACAAAGGGACAGUGUUGUCUGCGAUCACGCUGGGCCAUUCGUCUUGGAACAUUUCGUGGAUGCCUUCAAUAUUCUUGCGGGGCCUUCUGUUUAAGGACUCCGCCAGCAAUUUAUCGUUUUCUGCGACGUAGGCUACUGGGCUCCUGGCGCACACUCACAUUAGCGCCCUGCAUUUCACUUAUUUGUACGUGAAGCAUGAAAAAGUUAUGGUCUUUUCGCAUCGUUGUGUCUGUGUAGGCUGUUCGUAUUAUAUCUUUUCACUUGGACGACAUAUUCCAUCCUUGAUAUGAACUACGUAGAACAGAGACCACCUAAAUAUGGACAACGUAGAACAGAGGCCACCUAAAUAUGGACAACGUAGAACAGAGGCCACCUAAGUAUGGACAACGUAGAACAGAGGCCACCUAAAUAUGGACAACGUAGAACAGAGACCACCUAAAUAUGGACAAAAUAGAACAGAGACCACCUAAAUAUAUCUUGAUCAACCAAUGGAAAAUUAUUUAUUCCGGGAAUCAUUUCCUAUGUUGUUUCUUAUCACGGAGAUGUGCAAACAGGCACGGAGAUGAGACUGAGCUGACGCGCCGGGUCAAAUGGGACACCGCCAGGGAGAGAGAUUGCUUUCACCUUCCCCGGAGAGUCGUAUUUGCCAAGGACACGCUCGUUCCUGUGCCUUCAUUGAAGUUCCACUCGGAAAUGUCCAAGAAAGUAUACCAUCCACGUUGUAGUGAAGGGGCUGUAUAUACGCUAUAUGCUCAGUCUGCCACAAAGGAUACAGAGCAGCCACGCCGGUGAUAUGGGUCAUGAAAGGAGGAAGAAACCAGAGAGAUUUUUUGUCUGUAUUACUGUUUUUCUCCCGAUUUUAAGCGGAGUGUUUGAGCAAGUACAAUGCCAGGAAUCACCAAGGAAGACAGUCAAGCUGGGGUUUUUACCGGCAUUAACAUGUGGUGGUGAUAAUAAACGGAAUCCAAUUGUAGAGGGUUUUCAGCACAAGAAAUGCCGCGCUGUGAGUAACCGAUUUGCUGGGGCUUUACAGGCUGCCAUUGAUGACAUUGAAAAGCAAAACAUGUUGCCAAGUGUGAAAUUAGUGUAUGAACUGCGGGACACACACUCGGAUAAACUGGAAGGAAUUCGGCUGAUGACGCAGAUGUACUCUAACAACACCGUGGCUUUCAUAGGUCCAGAGGGCACCUGCUCCGUGGCUGCCGUCGUCGCCUCGGCCUGGAGAGUUCCAAUGCUGUCAUACAAAUGUGCAGAUGAGAGACCGGAGGGAUUAGAUGACAAGGGCAAGACGUUUGUUCAGAUUCAGCCGUCAACUACCAAGGUUUCACGUUCAGUCAUUGCGCUUAUGAAGCAUUUUAACUGGACGCGGUUCACGCCAGUCGUUGACAACACCGAAGUUUGGCUUGACACUCUCAAGGUUCUGGCCACUCUGGCAGAGAAAAACAAUAUCCUCAUGUCAGAAAAGAAGGUUGUGAAAUAUUUGGACGAGUCGGAUGUUCAGCAGCUAGCGGAAAUUGUGAAAGAGACGUAUCAGGAAACGAGAAUUUAUGUGUUUCUCGGGGAUGACCACGGCUUGAUAGACUUCGUGAGGUUUCUGCAAGAUGAAGGCCUUACCGACACCGGCCAGUUUGCCGUCAUCGCCGUUCAUGAAACACCCAACGAUCCGUCUAGGGCUAAAGAUGGUUACUUCCUCAAAGUUCCCUUCGAGACAGAGGCCAGCAUGACAGAACGCUUGGUACUGGCGUUCCGAAACGUCCUUUUAUUGGCUCCACGAGAACCUAGUAGCCAGAGUUACCCGGACUUUGAGGACAGAACACGGAACUACUCCCGCUCCCCCCCUAUCAACGGGCCCUAUCUCCCAGGCAUCAAACAUCCGAUCCCUGUGAGCGCCGCACAUCUGUAUGAUGCUGUAAUGUUGUAUGCUCAGGCAUUGAGCGAAGUACUUGAGGAGAAUGGAACUGAGACUGACGGCGUGGCAAUAUUCAAUAAAAUCAAAGGAAGGCCGUUUAUGAGUGUUCAAGGCCACGAUAUUUCGAUUGACGAUAAAGGGGAAUCCGAAGCCAAUUACACCGUUCUGGGGUUGAAAACAGACGCCGCGGCGAAUUUUGGGAAAGUAUUGAGAACAGUCGGCAACUUCCUAAUAAAGAAUGACAGUGAAAUCGAAUUUGAGAAGACGCGAGGUAUUGAAUGGGUGAAAGGAACUGUUCCACUCAGCGAGCCCCUGUGCGGAUUUCACAACGAAAAAUGCCCCUCCAAAGCGACGGACUGGACGACAGUGGUCAUAUGUAGCACCUUGGCAGCUGUCGUGGCUGUCGUUGGUAUUUUCCUUGCCAGACAUUACAUGUAUGAACAAAAACUGGCACGAUUACUGUGGAAAAUCAACCAGAAAGACAUCGUAAUGCUGGAGGGAAACAUGUCAACAACGACACCCAGGAAAAAAGUUCAGAACGCCCGUUGGAGUUUCCUGCUUGAUGACCGGGCCGGUGGCGAGACUUCAAAACCGGGUAAGCAUCUCUACACCAAAGUCGGGACGUUUCGAGGGAGUCUGGUGGCCAUCAAACAGGUGCGAAAAAAGAAUUUGGAAAUAACGAGAUCGGCUAAAAAGGAACUUCAGCUGAGAAAGGAGAUGAACCAUGAUAACAUCAACCGGUUUAUAGGCGCCUGUAUCGACCCACCUCACAUCAUGAUAGUUAGCCAGUACUGCGCCAGAGGCAGCCUUAAGGACAUUCUUCGGAAUAAAGAUCUUCACCUUGAUGAUAUGUUUAUAGCCUCGCUAGUGGCUGAUUUAAUUAAGGGGAUGGUGUUCUUACACGACAGUGAAGUAAUAUCCCACGGAAAUUUAAAAAGCAGUAAUUGUUUGGUGGACAGCAGGUGGGUUUUACAAAUUGCGGACUUCGGACUUCAUCACUGUUCCCAAUCGGAUAAUCAGCCAACGGAGAGCGAAGCGAAGUAUUACGAACGCUUGCUGUGGACCGCCCCUGAGCUUUUACGAGACCCCAAUCGACUCCCUAGGGGCACUCAAAAGGGAGAUGUUUAUUCCUUUGCUAUUAUCUUGUACGAACUAAAUGGAAGAGAGGGACCAUGGGGACACCAGGAUAUCUCAUACAAAGUUCUCAUCGAUAGAGUAAGGCAUUUCUACGCCGGAGAGCUAUUCCGUCCUGACCUGAGCAAACUGACAUGUCCGGAUUUUGUACGUGACUGUAUUCGAGAUUGCUGGAGCGAGGAGCCGGACAACAGACCCGACUUUAAAACAAUCAGGUUACGAUUGAAAGAAAUUCAGCAGGGCCUGAAAUCCAAUAUAUUUGACAACAUGUUGGCAAUGAUGGAGACAUAUGCAAAUAACCUGGAGGCAUUGGUGGCGGAAAGAACUAGCCAGCUUUCGGACGAGAAGAAGAAGACCGAAAAUCUACUUCUGAGAAUGUUGCCAAGAUUUGUGGCGGAACAACUGAAGCGAGGGCAGCAAGUUGAGCCCGAGCAGUACGAAAGCGUGACAAUAUACUUCAGCGACAUUGUUGGCUUUACGGCCAUGUCAGCGGAAAGCACUCCCAUGCAGGUUGUGGACUUGCUGAACGAUCUGUACACGUGCUUUGACUCGAUUGUGGGCCAUUAUGAUGUGUACAAGGUGGAGACGAUUGGUGAUGCUUACAUGGUUGUCAGUGGCUUGCCCAUUAGAAAUGGAAACAAUCAUGCAGGGGAGAUUGCUUCAAUGUCUCUGCAUUUAUUAGACGCAAUUAAAACCUUUAAGAUUCGGCACCGACAACAUGACACAAUUAAACUUCGCAUUGGAAUACACUCCGGACCAUGUGUAGCUGGUGUGGUUGGACUUAAGAUGCCCCGAUAUUGCCUGUUUGGGGACACAGUGAACACUGCCUCUAGGCUAGAAUCUACCGGCUUAGCUCUGAAGAUCCACGUGAGUCAGGAAUGUCGGGACUUGUUGCUGCAGCUGGGCGGUUACUAUUUGGACGAGCGUGGCCUGGUCAACAUGAAGGGUAAAGGUGAAGUUCGUACUUAUUUUCUGGUAGGAGAGGAUAGAUCUCACCGCUUGUUUAGGAUCUCAGAGAGGACGAAAUCGUCCUCAUCCGAUUCCAUGGAUGACGUUACAACAGGCUACUUUUCCCACAGCCAGGACUCCUCUAUGACAGAAACGACGCGCUAUGACACAUCGCUAUUAAAUGACUCUGACCUUGAGCGUGAAUCUCUGCUGUGCAAUGGCAGUCACGCCAGUUCAGUGUACAAGCUGCUGGACGAGCACACGAAAGACUGUCCAACACAAUCUAGACGGAAAAGAUUGUCGUAUAAAGAGACCAGUUUGGAGUGUGAAACGUUUUCUUUGAUCGGUGCACCAAAGGACCCACCAGCAGGGGGAACAGCCGAAUAUGUAUUGUAAUAGGUGACAGGACUUUGCAUAGAUGUCACGGACGCAUAAGUUUAGUCAGUAUAUUUGCUAGAUUAGUAUCUUAUCAUGGUCAUUAGAUCAGACAAUUAAUCUGACCAAAUUCACCUCAGACCAAAAAUCAGUUGUUGACUGCUACUUGUGUUAUGUAAUGAGAAAAACUGGUGGACAGGAUUAUAUCAAAUUAACAACGUUUAUCGCCCAGAGAAUUUGAAAGGUGCUGGGGGAUGUUUAUUCUUGUGAUACAUCACGUCGACACAUUGUGCGUGUUGCGGCGACACAUUGUGCGUGUUGCGACGACACAUUGUGUGUGUUACGAUAUAUUGUGCGUGAUACUACACAUCGUUCGUGAUACUACACAUUGUGCGUGUUACGAUAUAUUGUGCGUGAUACGACACAUUGUGUGUGAUAAUACACAUUGUGUAUGAUACCACAUUGUGCGUGAUACUACACAUUGUACGUGAUACUAUACAGUGUGCGUGUUACGAUAUAUUGUGCGUGAUACUACCCAUUGUGCGUGAUACUUCACAUUGUGCGUGUUACGACACAUUGUGCGUGUUACGACACAUUGUGCGUGAUACUACCCAUUGUGCGUGUUACGACACAUUGUGCGUGUUACGACACAUUGAGCGUGAUACGACACAUUGUGCGUGUCACGACACAUUGUGCGUGUUACGACACAUUGUGCGUAUUACGACACACGACACAUUGUGCGUAUUACGACAUACUGUGCGUGAUAGUACACAUUGUGCGUGUUACGACACAUUGUGCGUGUCACGACAUAUUGUGCGUAUUACUACACAGGAAAAAAUAUUGUGUACCAGCCGGCAAUGAUCGAAUCACCAUUGAAAGAGACAGUGUAACCUAGGCCAUGAGUAUCGCCACUGAACGGGGCAUUGUAACCUUGAGCAAGGGCAUUGUUCCGUUUUACAAAAGAUCGUCUCAUUGAGACCACGAGUUUAAAAUGCUGUUUGGAUUGGAUCGUUAUGAGUGAUAUAGACAAACACUUGCAGACUUUUCAUCUGGCUCAGAAAGCCUUUGUUAAAUAUUGCAGCAUUUUUGACUUCUCAGGGCGUUGGAGAGCGUCACAGACCUGACUGUUUAACAGACGGUUUGUGUGGUAUCUUGCUGAAGAUGCCAAAUAUAGACAUUUACAUAGACGAGUUAAGCUAGUACCUGAAAUCCGUAAACUGUAAGCACAUUUUAAACAUAUUUACCUAUAGCGUUAAUAUGAAAGAUAUUAUAAUG